ACUGUUAGAUGGUUUUCAUCGCUCGAUCAAUCAACUUGUUUGGCUGCAGGUCCAUUAAAAAUUUGUGUUUUGUAAAUUUUAAGUUCCAUUUCCUUCUAACAGUGUAACAAUAACUGAAUAUUAAAUGGAAAAUGAACAGAAAGAUGAUAAAAAAAAGAAAGCACCGUUCUUUGGUGCUCGUCAUGUGCAAUGUAUUCUAAUGUUUUUCGGAAUCUCUGCAGCGAUAACGCAACGCACAAAUCUCUCGGUAGCGAUAGUGGCAAUGAUGGAUAAGAAUUCCGCAAACCCCGAUUUUGAGGAGUACCAAUGGUCCGAGAAGACAAAGUCCUAUCUGCUCAGCAGUUUCUUUUGGGGCUAUUUUGUGACACAAAUACCGGGCAGUCAGUUGGCGCACAGAUUUGGUGGUAAAAUAACGCUACUCCUUGGUAUAGUACUAAGUGCACUUUUGGCUUUGCUCACACCGCUGGGCGUGCAUUUGGGCGAUUGGCAAGUGCUCUUUGGGCUGCGUUUGUGUCAAGGUCUCUUACAGGGUAGCACGUUUGCAUCUGUACACACACUGCUCUCUAAAUGGAUACUAGUCGAGGAGCGCAACUCACUUGGCACCUUUUGCUAUACUGGGCUGCCCUUCGGUAGCGUGCUGAUGAUGUUGGUUAGCGGUUGGAUUGCCUCCUCUACGUUAGGUUGGCCGGGCAUUUUCUACUUCGCCGGCUUAUUCAGCAUAAUUUGGGGUAUCGUCUGGUAUUUUUUUGGCGCUAACACACCUCGUGAUUGCAAAUGGAUGAGUGAGGAAGAGCGUUUGUAUAUUGAAGCCGCAUUGGUGACAACGUCCAAACCGGAGCCUGAAAAUGCAACCAUGAAGACACCAUGGUUAAAGAUAUUCACAUCACUGCCUUUCUGGGUUUUAUUGCUGGUACAGUGCGCCUACACUUGGGGCUUUUGGACAAUGAUAACAGAAAUCCCGUCAUAUAUGAAGAGCAUACUGAAACAAGAUAUCCAGAGCAAUUCGCUCAUGUCCGCAGCACCUUAUCUGGCUAAUAUACUUUUGACAUUCGUAUUUUGUGUUUUAGCUAGUUUUCUGAUUAAACGUGGCUACAUUUGUGUUAAUACCAGUCGUAAACUGUUCAACACUAUCGGUUUUUGGGUGCCCAUAGUACCGCUCAUACUACUUGGCUAUAUGCGUGCCGAUCAGAGUGAGUUGGCGCUGGUUUUGCUGGUGAUUAUUGUUGGUGUGAAUACAGCCAGCAAUUUGGGUUUCCUCAUCAAUCAUAUUGAUUUAUCCCCCAAUUUUGCUGGUAUCCUUAUGGGCAUAACAAAUGGCGCGGCAAAUGUUAUGAGCUUAUUGGCCCCACUGGCGGUGGGCGUCAUUGUCACUGAUGCGAAUGAUGUGCAGCAGUGGCGCAUUGUCUUUUACAUUAUCGGUGGCAUGUACUUCGUUUGCAAUUUAUUGUUCGUCUUGUUUGGCCAGACGAAAAUCCAGGCCUGGAACUAUCCUAAAACACAUGAUCUACAGCGUGCUGAGCGCGAUGAGCAAAUAUGAUUGGAAACUUUAAAAAUUGAGAUAGCGAAGACGUAAAAGACUUUGAGCAGCAACUUUUUAAGGCUAUACAUAUCUCCAAAACUAUUACUCAAAAUUAUUAGAGCAUUUAGGAGAAUACAUAUUCUAAAGAUGAUAUAGCAUUAAAUGCGACAAUUAAAGAAAUAUUUUUUUUAAGCCGUGAAAUCCAUGUAACUGAAAAAAUUGUUAACGAGAUCAGUUUCUUUAAGGAGUUCGAUGUUCUCGAAUUCUCUGAGAAGCCAAAAGAAUUAAAUUUAUCUGUAUAUGUGUAGAAAAAAAGAAAUUAUGUUACUUUCAAGGAAAGUUCGAAUUUAUCGUAAGUUUUAUUUGUUUAACAUUUAGUAGUAAAAAUGACAUUGAAAUCCAUAUUAUUUAACAGACAAUUUAAAAUCGUGCUUCUUACAAAGACUUUCUAUAUUUUAAACUAAGUUACAAGUAAUAUGUAUAUAUAGCAUAUAAAAUAAUCCGAUUUUUAACGUCGGUUUCUGCGGUAUCGGUAUGAUUGCUUAUGUUGCUGCUGUUGUUGUUGUGGUUUAUGCUCGGGCUGAGAUUUGAAUUGUUUGGCAUGCUGAGAAUGCUCAUCACCAUCUUCAAAUGAUGGAUCUGCUUCUGAAGAAAGAAAAGAAAAACCAAAAUUUGUAAGCGUUACGAUUACAGUAAUAUUAAUGCAAAUCUAGAAAUAUUGUUGGUUGUACUUAUGUAGUGAUGUAUUUCAAAUAUA